UCAAUCAAUUGUGCUUUUGAAGUUGUAUAAAUAAUGUAUCGUUAGAUAAACAUUUUUAUUAAUUUAUAAUUUACUCUUAUUGUUAUGAAAAUAAUACUAACAGUUUAAUAGUAAGCUAAGUAGUCGCGGUUAAUUAAUAUGGCUAUAUUACACAGGGCGCUAUUUACCUGGUUCAUUUUUCUAGUAUUUUUGAUAUUAUUAUGCCUAAGGUUAGAAUCAAGAACACAUUGGAAUUGGUUUAUUGUUUUUAUUCCAAUGUGGGUUUAUGAUAGCAUAUUAUUGAUAUAUGUUCUAUUUCAUAUGAUUUCUCACUGUCGAAAUGGCAUUGAAAUAUUCCGAGGCACAAUCAACAAGAGCGUGUGGUACAUUGCAGCUAUUGGAUUAAAAAUGGCUGCACAAAUCAUAAUUUGUAUAAAAUUGGAAUACACAAAAGUGAAUCUACCCAUCUAUGUUGUUAUGACGCCUAUUUGGAUGUUAUUACCGGUUCUAUGUGUAGAAGUUUUUAUGCAUCUAUUAAAACACUCCAGUACUAGCAGUAGAUAUUAA